GCAAACCUUAUUUACCUCGUCACAAGUCAGUGGGAAUUCUAAAACGUAAAAUAUACCUACAUAUUAGUUAUUAUAGCUUACUCAUACGGCAUUUCAUAUCAACAGAUGAAUCAGAACUGUGUACUAACACACUCAGUCAUUAAGGAACCUGCAUUGAGGUUAGACGGACUGUUGUCUUUAAUUGGACUGCAAGAAUGAGUCUUUUUAAUGUCAUCGGAUUCAUUGUGGCUGUGCUGCUAGCCUGCAAUUUUGUAUCAGCUGCAUACAGAGAUGGCAACUGUCCACCCCCGAGCAAGGUCUACGACAGCAAACCUAAGUGCUACUCAGACGCUGACUGCCAGAAGUAUGGGAAGGUGUGCUGCCCAAACCAGUUCAACGCGAAGUCCUGCUCUUAUCCGGCACCUUACAGCAACGGGGCUGGAUACAAUGAUAAAUAUAACAUGAACGGUGGCGGCGGCGUGUACUGCGCAGGCGUCAAGUGUAUGCCGUAUGAGGUGUGCAAACCUGAUCCGUACACGAAGAAAUUGAGAUGCCAGCGUCCUUGAAGAAUAGAAUCUUCUACAAUUAAUAUUAAAUCAUAAAAGUAUUUAUAUACCUACCCUUGAAGAGUAUGUUGCUAAUUAAACAUAAAACUGUC